UACGUAUAAGUGUGUAUGUACAGACGCAGACAUACACAUGUGAAAGUUGAAGAGAAGAAAAUCAGUUUGGAACCUGGGAAAAUGGAAAGUAUGGGAAACUUGGAGACGGAAGUGGAGGAGGCAAAGGAAUACUACAAGACGGGAAAAACAAGAGAUUUUUCGUGGAGAAAGACACAGCUCAAAGGGAUUCAGAAUCUUCUCAGAGAUCAAGAAUCCGAGUUUUUCGAGGCUCUCAGACAAGAUUUGGGGAAACACCAUGUCGAAGCCUUCAGAGAUGAGAUCGGAACCACAAUGAAGUCUGCUAAUUAUGCUUUGGCAAAUCUCAAACAUUGGAUGUCAAACAAAAAGGCGGAAUUGCCGAUCAUAGCGCUUCUCUCGUCGGCGGAAGUAUCUCCUGAGCCUCUUGGACUUGUUCUUGUCAUGUCCUCUUGGAACAUUCCUAUAGGACUUUGCUUAGAGCCGCUGAUCGGAGCGUUAGCCGCCGGAAACGCGGUGGUCCUAAAACCGUCGGAGCUGUCGCCGUCUUGUUCUUCCCUUCUCGCUAAGACGAUACCCAAGUAUCUCGAUGGAAAAGCGGUUAAGGUUGUCGAAGGAGGUCCCGAUGUCGGAGAACGUCUCCUGCAACGGAAAUGGGACAAGAUUUUCUUCACGGGAAGCGCGAGGGUCGGACGGAUUGUCUUGUCGGCUGCAGCUGAGCAUCUUACUCCGGUGACUCUCGAGCUCGGCGGAAAAUGCCCUGCAAUCAUCGAUUCUCUAACUCGGUCGUGGGAUCAACAGGUGGCUGCAAACCGCAUGAUCGGGGCGAAAUUUGGAUCGUGUGCGGGUCAAGCGUGUAUAGCCGUUGAUUAUGCGCUCGUCGAGAAGGCGUACGCUCCAACAUUGAUCGAAUUGAUGAAGAGGGGAGUCGAGAAAAUGUUCGGAGAAAACCCGAGAAAGUCGAAUAGCAUCGGGAGAAUAGGUCAUAUGAACAACUUCUUGAGGUUGAAGAGUCUACUUGAAGACGAAAGAAUCAAGGAAUGUAUCGUUCAUGGAGGUUCGGUCGACGCGGAGAAUAUGUUCAUCGAGCCGACGAUCUUGCUUGAUCCACCACUCGAUUCGAAGGUCAUGACAGAAGAAAUUUUCGGUCCGGUGCUUCCGAUAAUCACUCUGAAGAAGAUCGAAGACAGUAUCGAGUUCAUAAGCUCGAGGUCCAAACCCCUUGCGAUAUACGCAUUCACGAAUGACGAGAAGUUCAAGAAACGAUUACUCUCAGAGACAUCUUCAGGAAGCUUAAUCUUCAACGACGCCAUUAUUCAAUACGCAGCGGAUACGCUCCCAUUCGGGGGGGUCGGGGAGAGCGGGAUAGGAAAGUACCACGGGAAAUACUCGUUCGAGGCGUUCAGCCACUAUAAGGCCGUCGCAUAUAGAAGCUUCUUGACGGAUUUCUGGUUCAGAUUUCCGCCAUGGAACGACAACAAGCUCGAGCUCUUUCGGACAGCUUAUAACUACGACUAUGUCGGCAUGCUUCUUGUGAUCCUUGGACUCAAACGGUCCACCAAAACACACCUCCAAUGAAGCUUCCUUAAGUUACGUUCCGCAUAUGAUUUAUGAAAUAAUAUGCCUGUUUGUUGUUAUUAUUGUAAAAAUAAUGUUUUUUUUUAAGCCUGUGUGGAGUUUGUAUAUUUAAUAUGUGAUGUAUAUUUUAUGAAAAAGUAUGUUUAUGCGUGA